CUUCGUCCUGAAAGUUCUCACCAGCACUUCCAGAACUUCCAUUUCAAUGAAGUACUUGGACCAAGAAAGACUGCCAGCCAGCUUCAGAAAUUAUGCCAUCAGUGGCUAAGACCAGUGAUCCACUCCAAAGAGCAGAUCUUGGAACAUCUGGUGCUAGAGCAGUUCCUGGCCAUUCUUCCCAAGGAGGUCAAGAACUGGGUGCAAAAGCAUCAUCCAGAGAACAUCAAAAUGGCUGUGGUUCUGGCAGAAUGCUUUCAGAAAGAACCUGACAAAAUGCAGAACAAGGCGAGACUAAGAAUUCUUUUUCUUUAAAAUUUGUUGACACUUGAUGGUGUGACCAUGCAUUUUUCUAGCAAAGAAUGGGAAAUACUGUACCCUUCUCAGAAGACCCUCUACAGUGAUGUAAUGCAGGAUAUCUACAAGAUGACCACUUCCUUAGGUUUAAAGUUCAAAAGUGGCACUGGAAAUGAUCAGAGUAAAUCUGUUUCUGCAUCAGAAAGAGAAGCAAGACCAUCAAAAGUGUCAAGGAAGACUAGACUGAAAACUGCCCAGGAAAAUAACAGCAAGGAAAACCAUGGGGCACAGAUACAUGGUCAAGCUUUUCCAAAGAGGGAAAGAAAGUUAGCUUUAGUUAGUAAGGAAGAGCUUCCAAAAUCCAUGGCUAGCAGGGAAACCACCAGAAGAGUCAAAGGUUUCAAAUGUCAGAAGGGUAGGAAAAGGUUCAGAAUUAGUUCUUCCCUUAGUAAACAACACAUAGUUCACACCAGAGAGAAGCCUUUUAAAUGUCAGCAGUGUGGUAAGCAGUUCAAGCAGAAAUUGGAUCUUACAAAGCACUGCCUGAUACACCAAGGAAUAAAACCAUAUAUAUGUCCCUGGUGUCAGAAAAGCUUCUGUCAUAGUGCAAAUCUACGUAUACACAAAAGAACUCACACAGGAGAGAAACCUUUUCAUUGUCAAGAAUGUGGGAAAGGAUUCACUCAGAACAUUCACCUUAUUAAACACCUGAGAACUCACACUGGCUAGCAGCCCUUUACUUGUAACUUGUGCAAGAGAAAGUUUAGCAGAUGAUCUAGCCUUCUUUGACAUCAGAAACUCCACAGACAGGAAGCAGGUCUAGUGCUGCCAACCUGAAAAAAUUACCAUAUGCAGUGACAGAAUUUAAAUACAGUUAGGAGUUGCCUAAUGAUAGGAACCUGUUAUCAAAGGAAAAUUUGGG